CUGAUUCCUGGAAACUGUUUAAUCAGAAACAAUACAAUAUAACAAUGAAAAGAGAAAUACUCCCUUCCCCGCCCAGGUUUUAAGAACUGCCUCAGAAGGCGCUCCGAGGGUGUCAAACAAACUACAAAAAUAGGAAGUUCAGAGUCUGAGUGUCACACUCCAACUUCAGAGUGUUUAUGACUGUAUCUACUCCCUGAAAGGAGGCAUACAGGGUGUGGAAGCCCUGAGAGGGCAAAAGGUGCAGGGGAUACCCCAGCUUCAUUAUUUCCCAUGGGGAUCCAUUCCAGUCUUGGACAGCCAUUGGUCAUUGCUGAUUCCUGCAUGUGUAAAGACGCUCCAGCUGCCAGGGAGUGAGAACUGAGAGGGUCAGCGAUCCACCUGCUGUGAGGAGGCUGUCCCACCGGCAGCUCUUGGCUCAGGUGACAAAAAAGGAGUUAAUAAGUGUGAGUGCAAGAACCCCAGGCCAGCGACCAGCCCAGAGCACAGGGAGCAGGACUGAGCUAGUGGGCGCAGGCUGGUGUGAAGAUGAAGUUGUUCUGCAGGGCUCUGCUGGCUCUGUGCUGGGCUUUCAGGGUCGGAGAAUCUCGAGAGAGCCUCCCGAUGCAGAGCCUGCGCUGCUACAAUGACUACACCUCCCAGAUGACCUGCACAUGGCAGGAACGCACAGUGGCACGUCGCUUCCUCAAUGUGACACUUUACCAUGAGGACAAUAUAGACAAGAGAAGCACACAGAUCCCAUGUGAGCCUCAGGGAGGCAAGGAGUUGCCGAUCUGCCAGGACUCCUGUGUCUGCUGGAGCUGCCACAGGAACAGCACCAUGUUUGCUAUUGGGCUGCGCGACAGUUACACUUUCAAACCCGACCGGUUGCUGCAGGCCGAGCUGAACGUCAGCCUGUUCCAGAAUGUCCAGCCCCUCCCACCUCAGAAGCUCUGGAUCAACAUCACAGAAGCAGGUGACUUCUUGCUGUCCUGGGAAGCAGCUGAAGGGACUAAUGAAAGCCACUGGGUGCAUGAUGAAUUGGAGUUUGAAGUGACCUACAAGCGGGAGUGGGAAUCCUGGGAGAAAUCUUCCUCGGUGUCAGUCGCAAACUCCUCCCAUUGCCUGCUGAGGCGUGAUGCCCUUGUGCCAGGCAGCACCUAUGAAGCUCGUGUGCGAUCCAAGCCAAGCCAGGGCGCUGGUUGGUCUGGGCAGUCCAGCGAAUGGAGCACUGCCGUGUCCUGGAAGUCCCAGGAAGGGGAUGAGGCUCAGCCCAAGAACCUUCGCUGCCUCUUCAAUGGGGUUGAUCGGCUAAUGUGCAGCUGGGAAGUGAGGACAGAAGUCACCAGCUCUGUCUUGUUCGCGCUCUUCUACAGAACCCCACCGGCAUCAGAAGAGACAGAAUGCUCUCCAGUCCAUGAGGAGGAAUUGCCUGGCAGCCACUACCUGCUCCACAGCUGUGAGAUCUAUGUCACCAACCCCAGCAGGCUGAGCCAGUACCUCAUAACUGUCCGGCCCAAGGAGGAGGAGAAACUGAUUCAAGCCUCCCAAAACAUCAAGCCACUUGCACCUGUCAACGUGACAAUGACAAAGAUGAAAGACCAGGAGUAUGAGCUGAGAUGGACAAAACAGAUCCUAAGCUAUGACCAUAUAGGCCAGAGAUAUGAAUUCUUAUAUUGGAAGACUGUUGACUCCUUGGAGAAUGCCCAGAUUGUAAACAUCAGCAAUGACAAGCCUCCCUUCAUCAUCACCCUGCAGAUGCUGGAGCCCUCCACACACUAUAGGGGAAAAAUGCGGGCGAGGGUGCACUCGGAUAGCUACAAGGGGCCCUGGAGCGAGUGGAGUGAGGAGUGCACCUGGGAAACUGAGAGUGCUGCCUCAGCCGGGUCACAACUGAUUCUCCCAUUGCUGGUCCCAUUCUUCACCAUCAUGCUGAUAGC